AUGGCAUCCCCAGCACAGUUCUUCGAUCCUUUCUUUGUUGCUAAGCCCAAGCUUGGGAAGUUUGCUAAGAGUGCACCAGGAAGAACAGCACAUUUGGUGAAGACCGAGCACGGUGACACAGUUCAGCCGAUCACUCUACAGAGAACCGACGAACUGCCUAUCAAAGGUCAAGGGACCAUAGCUGUAAGAUCUUCAGCUCAGAACGUCCUUCAUUUUGCCAUCAUCAGCGACCUUGCAGGUGGACCAUCACUUCAUCUCGAGAUUGGCCCCAGGGAUAUUCUCUUGUUCUACGAGGAUGCCGCGGGACGAAACAAGAUAGACUACAUUGAUCUCAAGUCAAGAGAUGCAAGCUUCCUAAAUAUAGCUGCUGAAACAACUUACUGGCUCUCCGUUGAUUCCAAUAACGGCUGGCUGCGCUACGGCAAACACUUUACUAACAAAACGAUGACUCUGAUAGAGGCUACUCUCAAGCACAAAGAUCAGGAGGGAGUAAUGGUGUGGAAUGAUGUUGAGAAGUACCGCUGGCUCGAGACAGUCAAAACUAUAGAGGUGACGCAGGACAAGGGCAAUAUUCUUAGCCCUGUCGUCUCGCCUGUACCUAUCGUAAUGGAUCUGCCACCCUUUGUGCGGACUUCCGACCAGAUUACACUUUCGGAUAUCGAGAAUGGCUUCUUCACAGCCCCAAUCAACCUUCCGGAUGCUUGCCAAAAGCUCUACGGGAAUAUCGCUGGGGCCAAGAUUGUCCUCAAUGACGAUGACUUUCCAAAUUUUUCAGACGCCAUACAACAUAGCUGUAUUACUCCUGGCUGCUGGGCGUUUGAAAAGUUGCAAGAGAAGGCAAACGCAGGAGAACUAGGCCAUGAUCUGGCAGGUACAUACUUGAGGAUUACUCUGGGUUAUAAUCAGGGCGACUCACCUGGUAUACCGUAUGUCUUAGAGAUCUGGCCCGCAAGUCAUCAUUCGCCAAUACACGACCACGGAGAUGCAUGUGCCGUCAUCAAGGUGGGUGUCCUGCAGCUAGAAGCCGUGUAUGCUGACCACGCUCAGGUGCUCCACGGGGCUAUCACAUGCACCUGGUACGAAUCACUUGAAACCACAGCCUGGAUUGGACAACCUGCGACACUGUCGGAAGGUCAAAUUACCUGGAUUAGUCCCGAGCAAUACCAGAUCCACAAACUUCAAAACGACACAGCUACUGUGUGUUGCACAAUUCGGUGCUAUCGCUACAUGAAAACUGACAACGUGCACUACGAUGGCUUUAAUUGGAGAGACGACAAUGGAAAGUCCCAGAAAUUCGUACCAAACAGCGACACUACCUUCACUGAUUUCCGCAACAUCAUGAAGGCAGAGUGGACAGCCACGUUAUCUAGGAACGGGACGAUGGAAGUUAGCUGA